AUGGCCGGAGCCGAGAGCCCCACCGGGGGCCAGGCGGAGCUGGAGCCCGUAGUGUCGCUGGUGGACGUGCUGGAGGAGGACGAGGAGCUGGAGAAUGAGGCGUGCGCCGUCCUGGGCGGCAGCGACUCGGAGAAGUGCUCCUACUCGCAGGGCUCAGUGAAGAGACAAGCACUAUAUGCCUGUAGUACAUGCACACCGGAAGGGGAGGAGCCAGCAGGGAUUUGUCUAGCUUGCAGUUAUGAAUGCCAUGGAAGUCAUAAACUGUUUGAACUAUAUACAAAAAGAAAUUUUCGUUGUGAUUGUGGAAACAGCAAGUUUAAAAAUUUGGAAUGCAAAUUAUUUCCUGACAAAUCAAAGGUAAAUUCUUGCAAUAAGUACAAUGACAACUUUUUUGGCUUAUACUGCAUUUGUAAGAGACCUUAUCCUGACCCUGAAGAUGAGGUUCCAGAUGAGAUGAUUCAGUGUGUGGUCUGUGAAGAUUGGUUCCAUGGCAGGCAUCUUGGUGCCAUUCCCCCUGAGAGUGGGGAUUUCCAAGAGAUGGUGUGCCAGGCUUGUAUGGAACGCUGUUCUUUCUUGUGGGCGUAUGCUGCCCAGUUGGCAGUCACCAGAGUGUCUGCUGCUGCUGAUGGGUUGCUACUGAAUGUUGAUGGCGUGGCUGAUCAGGAGGUUAUCAAGCCUGAAAAUGGAGGUCACCAAGAUAACACCCAAAAGGAGGAUGCUCCCGAACACGGAACGAAUGCUAGCAAGGAAGUUAAAGCUGAGCAGCAUGAUGAGCCGUGUGCCAGCUCCAGUGCUGAGUCUGACCGCCAGACAGUGUUUAAGAAUGAAAACAAAACUGAGCUGCAGUCUUCCUGCAGACUUCAGGAGCUCCAAGCCAAGCAGUUUGUAAAGAAAGAUACUGCCACCUAUUGGCCCCUGAACUGGCGCAGCAAGUUGUGCACCUGCCAAGACUGCAUGAAAAUGUAUGGAGAACUAGACGUCCUGUUCCUGACAGAUGAGUGUGAUACAGUUUUGGCUUAUGAGAACAAAGGCAGGAGUGCGCAGGCAGCUGAUAGAAGGGACCCUUUAAUGGACACCCUGAACAGCAUGGACAGAGUCCAGCAAGUGGAGCUUAUUUGUGAAUACAAUGACUUGAAGACUGAACUUAAAGACUAUCUGAAGAGAUUUGCUGAUGAAGGCACGGUCGUUAAGAGAGAGGACAUUCAGCAGUUCUUUGAAGAAUUUCAGUCUAAGAAGAGAAGGAGAGUGGAUGGGCUGCAGUAUUACUGCAGCUAGUGGGGAGUGCCAUGCUCCCUCAUUGAGUGCCACUGUUCCGGAAUAGAGAGACCUGUGUCACACUCGCUUCCCUUUCCAUCCUCCUGUGGCCUCAAGCUGCCAUCUCCUCAACAGUCGCUGCAGGGUUUAUGCUGGCGUCUCAACAGCAUCAUUGAUGACUCAGCUAGACGCACUUCAUUCCACAGACUUCAGCUUUCCUGUCCAGAUACCCAGGGGUUUUGCUUAUGUGUUAAGAACUUUGAUUUGAUCUUCAGAAAGCAAAUUGGUUUCUUUUUUCGGCAGUGUGUUCCAUAACUCCCAAAUGUGUGUCACAGGGCUGUUGCCUCUUGGGUCCUCUGGGUCCUCUCUGUCUUGCAGGUUCUCUUCCUGUCAUCCUGAACCUCUGGGGGACCAUCCCUCUGUCCCCUGGGUCACGGCUGGGUCACGGCUGGGUCACGGCUGGGUCACGGCUUCCUCAAGCCUGCUCUUUGAGUUCUCACUACUCCCUGAGGUCUGGCCUGGCCUGAGGGGUUGGGAACUUUCUCUGGACCAGGCUCCAGAGCACGGCAUCCAUGUUCUGGUACUGAUGUCUGCUGUGGACAGGGAGGUAGACUCAUGGCAGGACUGAGGAAGCAAGCCUUUGUUCUGAAUUUUGCUGAUGAAUUUAAAGUGAAAUUUCACCACCAUUCUUCUGGCACUCAGACAUCAGCGUUAGCACUGUAAAUGUUCCCAGGGCUUCCGGGGAAUCUACCCAUAUCUGAAUUCCUUUGCUGCUGCCGAAAAUGACCAGAUCCCACCACGUGACAUGUGGGUGCUUUCCAGAGUCCUCUGGUUUCUUACAUUAUCAGGGAUAUGCAUACGCAUAUAUUAAAAAAUGGACCUAUUUUGAUACAACUCUGUUAGGAAAAUGUUAUUGGAACCUCAGUAAGUUAUUUUUCCUGAAUCUGUGCUGAAGGCAAAGACACUGACUGACCUUAGUGGGGCAGUGACGCUGCCCUGAGAGACAGACGGAAGAUUCCAGAAGAGCCCACAGCCACACAGAAUGCCGGGGUUUUGUGUGGAAACAGUGUGCAUAGCUCCUCCCCUCCUGAAGUCUGAAGAGCCUCAUGGAUUGUUGUUUAAAACUCCAUGUUUGAGGGAAGUUUUUGGAAUGGUGUGAAAUCUUUUGAAAGUUCUCUAAGUCUAUGUGGAAAACAUCUUUUGAUCUAGAAAGCCCCAAGCUGCCCCCUUGAGAGGAACAAGGUCUUUGCUAGCACACUGGGGUCCAUACAUUAAAGGCAUUUUAGGCCACAUGUUGGUGUGGGUAUUUUUGUGUAUGUGCAGCAGUUGUAUGCAUGAAUGCUCACCAGUUCCUGACGAGACGCAGGGACCUACAAAUGAGGAAAUGGCAUGGCUCCAGUGCUGUAGCCUGUAGCCUCCUAAUGACAGACCCUGUGAAAACUGGUAUGUGGAGCUGGGAAGUUUCCCGGCUGUAGGCAAUGCCUGUGUGCACUGAGCUGGCUUCCUGGAGAGGGCUCAGUUAAAAACCUCAGGUGCCUACAGCCUGGGGAUCUUCCAAAUCUGAGGGUAUUUUGAACUUGAGAGUUGCACUUUCCAUGUUCCAUCAUGUCCUCAAAGUUUAUAGCUUCCCAGGUAUCCCGACUUACUACCAAAAUGUUCCUGUCUGCCUGUGGCAGGUCAGAACCAAGGCUCAGCAGCAGCUGUAGUGAGCAGCAGCGAUAGAGACACCCAGUCCUGAGGGCUUGUCCAAGAAAGGCUCUCCUCUUAACCAGAGAACCUCUUUUUGUACCUGUUCACAACUAAUUUUCUUACUGACUUGGGCUGUCUCUUCUCAUAGAGAUGGUUUGGGCCAACAUGUGGCAGUUGAUAUCAAUGCAUGUUUUAUGCAAAAACAAAAAUGUGAUACUAGUUACUUUUAAGGAAUUUUGGCAUUGUAUGUACAUUUUUGUAGAAAUUACUACUGGAUUUAACAUAUUUCAAUCAGGUUUCUGUAAAAUCCAAAUUAAACCAGUUUAAA